GUGCGGUACGGUACGGAACGGUGCGGUGCGGUACGGUACGGUACGGUACGGUACGGAACGGUGCGGAACGGAACGGUGCGGUACGGUGCGGUACGGUACGGUACGGUACGGUACGGUACGGUACGGUGCGGAACGGAACGGUGCGGAACGGAACGGUGCGGAACGGAACGGAACGGUGCGGACGCUCCGGCGCUGCCGCUUUAAGGCGGUCGGGAGCGCGGCCCGGCCCGGCCCGGCCCCGGGAGCGCGCCGGCGGCAGCAGCCGCAGUACAGCAGGUACGUGCGGGCCGGGUCGGGUCGGGCCGGGUCGGGCAGCGGGCCCGGCUGUCCCCUGGCCCCCGCCGGGAGCUGCCCGUGCUCCCAAGGCCUGCGGCCGCGUUGUCGUGGGAGCCCAGCGGCGGGCGAGCGGAGAUAGCGGCGGGGCGGCCCCGGCCGCGUUUGCCUCCCUCCGUUCCUUCGCAGGAGUGGGCGGUGGGUAGGGCGGGCAGCCCCCGAGGGGAAGGUGAAGGUGCGGCGGGGUGGUUGUGCUUUGGGCGGCUCUUGCUGCCUUAAAAAAAAAAAAAAAAAAAAAAAAAAAAAAGCUUAAAUUGCAUAGAAAUUGGGGUUUGAUUUGGGGGAUUCAGGUUUGUUUGUUUGGUUGGUUUUUUUGGGGGGGGGCAGGAUGUGAGGUUUUUCUUAUGCGUUUUGCUACGUUUUGUCUUCUUGCCCAAGUUCUACUCACCCACUGAUUUACAGUAAGACAGGCAGGCCAGUAGUGUCAAACGCAGGGAUAUCCAUCCUGCUAUCCAUCCUGAAUUUAUUCCCAGGAAAAUGGGUGGGCCAGGAUGUCAAAAACAGGGAUGCCCAUCCUGAUGCCUUCCUUCACAAAGCACUUAAGCUCAUUUUGGCGUCUUGAGCGCUGAGCUCUUGGCAGGUGUUUCUGUACCAGUGAUUAAUUUCAGGAGAGUAAUCAUCGUGACAGGCAAAUAAACUGCUGCAGAAUCUCAGCCCUGCUAAUUUGCAACAAUUCGUGGAGAAAAGCCAGCAUACAGCAGCAUUUGCUGACAAGAUUUAUCUCUCCAAUUGAUUGCAGUUAACAUCAUGCUUCCCUUAGGCAGAUGAGGAUUAUAGAGCUCUGCCUUCAAGAAGGAAGGCAUUUGCUAAUUGUGCUCAUUAAUUACAUAGACUCUGAUGAACGGCAUUCUCCAGUGUGGAAAAAUGCAAAAUGUUUGAUUGUGUGUAUUUAUUUGUAACAGAAACAUGGAGCCUCUAGCCAAUGAUUUAAACAACGAUUUAGUGGGAGUAUCAGCCUAAAUAACAAAGUGUGAAGUUACAGCUUAAUGUUUUAGUAAGUGAUGAAACCAAAGCCAGUUCUUAAAGCAGAGACCAGCACACAACAAAAAUACCGCUAAACACGUAUGAAAUUUUUUCUAAAGAUACAGACAAAUAAAGAGAAACUGACCUAAUGAAUUACAAAGUGGUAAGACUGUUUCAUUGGCAUAUUCUUCCUGUUGUCCCUUUGUCUGGUUUUAAGGACAACCUGCACAGCUGUUAGAUGGAGAAGUUGUCCAUGGUUCUUCUGCUGUGAAAAAGUGUCGGGCUGGGAUGAAAGUUGUUUUUCUACAUGCAUCAUUCUGCUGGUUUGUGAAAACCACUGCAGAAAAGAGAAAACAACAGUUCAGUUUCUUAUUUGUUUGUACUUGCAGUCUUGCUGUUGUGGAAGCACAGGCCCGAAAUGCUUCCCUGGUUGUCGGUUUCAGGGGAGGUUCAAAAGCUGUGCCCUGAAGCAAGGAAGUCGGAGUUGUUGAAAAGAAAUUAGAGAGCAAGGCCACUUCUUGCUAGUGUACUCACAGGAUCAGCAUAGGAAAGGGCCCAGGGUCUGCAAGAGAAGGCGGGUGAGGAAAGUGUGGUGAUGAAGUGCUGAGAGGCUUCCUUUGCCUCUCAAUGCAGUGCUGUGCCUCUCUCCUUCUCUUGAUUCUUGAAUGAAUCUAAACUCUAACAUACUAAUCUUCUGUUCUCCUUCACUGCUUGUGUGAAGUGUACUCACACCUUGAGUGGUGUGAGAAGGCCAUCCAGUCCGAAUGUAUCACCGUUUAAAAACUUAAUUUAAAUAUGGUGGGUUCAGUUUCUCUCUUCAGACAGCUUGGAGCAUGUUUAUAUAGUUUGUGAGAGUGGGCUACGGGGUUGGAUGUCUGCUUUCUUCUGCAGCUGAUAGCAUCCACAUGAGACUAUUGCACCGUAAGACUAACCAGUCCUUUAAAAUAGACUGAAAUGCAACAAAUUGGGGCUAUUCUGGUUAAGAUCAGUUUUGUUUUGUUUUGUUUUCUAUUUUUGUAAAUUUUUGAGUUGGCAGAUUGAUAAAUUCCAGGGAGAAAGAGGAAAUCCUUUAAUUGCUUGCCUUCACAAAGAUGCUUUUGUAUUAAAGAUUGAUGACCAUUAUAGAACCGGUAAUUAAUGGUGCGUCUUCAAACAACCUACUGAUAACCACUGCUAUGUCCACAGGCCCUGCAAUGCCAGAGUAUUCCUGUGAAACCUGAAGAUUCAGUGGAAGAACCCUAAAUGGGAGUAGAUUGCUGUGUGUGUAUCUUCAGGGCAGAGGGAGAGAGAUGUUAAAAGGUUGCACAUUUAAUUUUUAGCUCUCUCAGCUGUCCCACUAACUGGUUGUUUCUCACUGCAUACGUUUAGAGUGCUCUUGUGAAUGGGUCUCUUGAUGGCUUCUUCCUCAAAUACCACCUCUUUCAGACUUAAGACUGGCAGAGGCAAGGCACAAGAGCACAGGCACCUCUUCGUCUUGAAGUCCCUGGUGGUGCAAAGCCGUGAAGUUACUGAAGAAACAUCACUUACGAAGUAUUUUUCUCCUUUCAGGAAAUCAUCCAUCACUAUGAAAAACCACAUCCUGUGAGUUUGUUUCAAGCUUUGUGCCUCCUCACUUACUGCAGAAAAGCUGUGCUUCGAGCUCUCCUGGGGAAGGCUGGUGUCCUUGGGGAAGCAUGACCUUCCGUGGCUGGAAGUGGCUGCUCCUCUUGGGCAGGCAGAACAGCCUUGCCAAGGUGUGGAGAAGCAGGAGGGGAGGCCCCUCUCUGUGCUGGAGGCGCUGCUGCCAUUGGAGCACAGGCAAGCCUCUGGACCCCGAGGUGAGAGCAUUUUUGGAGGAGAACACCGAGGUCACCAACAGCGGGCACCUCACACCAGAGAUCCGGCUGCGCCUCCUCACCCCUCGCUGCAGGUUCUGGAGAGAAAAACCUGACCUGUGGCCUUAUGGGGACCCUUUCUGGGCAAUUUACUGGCCAGGAGGCCAAGCCCUCUCCAGGUAUAUUUUAGAUAAUCCACACGUGGUUAAAGGGCGAUCGGUUCUGGAUCUUGGAAGUGGGUGUGGAGCAACAGCAAUAGCUGCUGUGAUGAGUGGUGCAUCCCACGUCCUUGCCAAUGACAUUGACCCUAUUGCAGGAAUGGCAAUGAUCUUGAACUGUGAACUGAACCACCUGAAUCCCUUCCCCAUCACCAUUAAGAACAUCAUCAAUUCAGAGGCUGGCAACUGGGACCUCAUAGUUCUAGGAGAUAUGUUUUAUGAUGAACAGCUUGCUGAUGGUCUGCAUCACUGGCUGCAGAAGUGCAUCAGGAUUCACCAGACUGAAGUGCUGAUUGGUGACCCUGGCAGGCAUCAGUUUUUAAGCCACAGCAUUCGCAGUCAGCUGCACAAAGUUAUAGAAUAUUCACUGCCUGAGUAUACAAGACAAGAAAACCAUGGGCUAACAUCAAGUAUUGUCUGGAGUUAUCAGCCCUCAAACAGCUUAGACAACUCUUGAAGCUGCCUUUCUAUGGGAUUUUGUCUCACUUGGUUGGCUUUCUGCAGGUAUAUAAAAUGAAAACAGAAUUAAACAGGGAACAUUAUCUGUUAAAGUAAAGCAGCUUACUGUACUUUCACUGGACUGAUUCCAGUUAUACUCACUGAGAUUUUUGCUCAAUUUGAGGUAAAAGCUACAUGCAAACUGUGUUCAAAGGGGCCUGCACUGAAGUGCAGAUCUACAGACAACUUACAUAUAAGAGUUUGCAUGCUUGAUGUUUCCCACAUAUAUUUGUGUCUUGCUGACAUUACUGUGAAAUGUUUUGGAUGUCCAGCAUACUGCUGUGGGGAGAGUGCUGUGGCUGAAGGACUACUGCACUGCUUCCACAGGCUUUUGCAGCCAAUUUCUAGAAAAUUUCUAAAUAUUGGAAAUUAUUGCUGUCCUCCAUAAAAUUCUUCACUAGAUUAUUAGCUCAUAAUAUGCUCAACUUGAAGUGCCUUGCUCUUUUUCUGGGUAUCUCUGAAUGUCAAAGUAACUAAUUUGAACCUCUUCCUUUCCUUCUAUAAUAAAAAUUUCCUCUUCCUUGAAACUGCCAGAGUGAUUAUGUAGGAGUUGUACCCAAAUCUAAACUCUGCUUCUUGACUGCCAGCCAGUGUAAAAGCUUUAAUAAAUGGAAAGUGAAUAAAUAGUUCCAGCUAUAACUUCAUCCCCUUGAGAGUAGGGUGAAAUGAUCUACAUUCCUUACAUUACCCUUUGCAAGGUAAACCAGGCAAUAUAUCACCUUGGGAAGCUGCUGAGGGAUGAAGAAGUCUUUACUUCUGUGACAAACAGAGGGAAACUAAAUAAAAACAGGGAAUAAAAGUCUGAUAUCAUUA